UAUUGUUAAAACGAGCAAAUAUUUCUACUUUUUAAACAAUUUUAACUUCAGCUGAAGAAAUAGGAAUAAUAUUUCUUACACAACAGGCUAAAUAAACGAGCUUUGAAUUAAAAAAAUACAAAACGAAAGUUAUUUUGCCCCAGGCUUUCAUGCUCGCUCGCCAUUGCCAUCAAUGGAUCUCGAAUCGAAAAUUUCGUCUUUAAAAAAUUAUGUUAAGUUGAGCACGCAGGAUGACAGAGAGGCCGCACAUAAGAAUGAGGAAUCUUCUAACAGCAAUGCAGAGGCAAACGGAUGGUGGGGAACCAUUUCUAAUAUUAAGGCACAAGAACCCGAUCCUUGGCUGCCUGGACUGGUAUACACUGAAUACUUCAUUUCAUAUAAAUAUAAUUCAUGAAAUAAUAAUUACUUUAUUAACCCAUUAAGUUGGAUUGCACCCCAAUGUGCCCUGCUUUAUUACCUUACUCUCUGUCUAACGUCAGACGAUUUUACUUGUCGAGGGGAGAGUGCUGGUGCCCGAUGGGUUAUUUAAAAAACCAUAACUUUUAUACAAUUUGGCCAUCACGGUUUUUGCAUGGUACCCAGAGGCAAGAGCAUGCUUGGAGUUUUUCUUUGUCUUGUGACGUAUUAUGUAGGGUGUUGCCUUUUGUGUAUCAAGGUGGCCGCCUAAAAAGCCAUAUAUGUGGGCGGUGGAUAGAAACUAAUAUGCUUUUGCAUAGUGGCCUGUUAAACUGGAUGGAAAGCAGGUUUUAGGGAAAGAUAGCAAUAGGAAUCUCUUUUGCUAGGAUUCCGAAAAUAUAUAAGUUAAUUUUAAUAUUUUGUCAUCUGACUGUGGCAAUUUUUUUUUUCAGAGUAAAACACAAAGGAUAGUUGGAUUUUUUAUGUCCUUGUUGUUAGGAAUGUUCUGUUUUGGAAUGGUAAUUUUCAUUCAAUUGUGAUUUCCAAUGGAACAUGAAAUUUGACAAUAUAAUAGUUUGAUGUUACGUUUUUGAACAAAAUUUACCUACUGCAACAUGUGCAUAUUUCAUUUUAGGCGGCGAUGUUAAUACCUUUCAUAAUACUCAAGUCAAGAAAAUUUGUUGCUCUCUAUACUAUGGGGAGUAUUUUUACUUUGGGAAGGUAUAAACAUUAUCCAACUUUAUAGGUGAUUUCCUCAAGCACACUGCAGAAUCGUACAGCAGAUGUUGGUUGUCUUCUAUUUGCAGGCAAAUAUGUAGAGCUGAGAGAUGCUUAAUUGUUCAUGCAAGAGAUGAGAGCAUGUUCAUGCAAGUUUCUGAAGCUGACAAGGGCUUCUUUUAAUUACAUAGACUGGGGUCCAAGUCUCCCCGAGCCCUAAUAUUGGCCCCUCCAAUGACCAUGAAUUCUUAUCUCUAGUUUCUCACUGCUCUGGGGCCCAUAUCAUCAUUUUAAACACCUUAUCAGCGUGGAAAGAUUGCCUUUCACUGUCACAUACUUUGGAUCAAUGUCUGCAACAUUGUAUGUUGCUAUAUUUGUGAGUAUUUUAUAAAACUUUUUCUACCUCUUCAGGUCGUCAGGAUGGCUUAUUAUUGAUUAGUCGAUCAACACAAUAUUUUUUAAAUAUUCAAUUUUGGAGUGGGCAAAGCUAUUCUGACCUCCCUUUAUAAAAUUUGGGGGGCCUAUUAAGCCUUAUGCAAGUUGCAUCUCAAAUUGUGAAGCAACCACAUUUGUACUGAUCCAAAUUGUGACCUCUGCUUUUGUGCAUAUACACCAAUUAUUUAAGCCCAAACCUUUACUAAAUUGCUGUAUUGUUCUCUAUUACAGAUGAAAAGCACUUUCCUUACAUUAUUUUGUGCAAUCAUACAAAUUAUAACACUCCUCUGGUAUGUGCAUUGUUGGUAUUUUUAGUGUAAAAUUAGUACAGAUUUUACCUUAUUGCUCUAGCCUGCAGUUGCUGAAAAAAUCUCCAAGAAGAUAUACCAUGUAUACCAAUCAUUUCCCUUACUAUGGUGUAAGAUAAAUGUAGAUUUUACCUUUUUCUACAGCUCCUGACAAACUCCCAAGAAAAGGUACCAUGGUAAUGAUUUUCUUUGUCAAAUUCUAGGUACAUGGUGAGUUAUAUCCCAGGCGGAACCACGGGAAUGAAAAUGAUGUCAAGAUUUUUCUCAUCAGCUGCAAUGAAAACAGUCUCAAAAACACUUCCUGUAUAGCAGCAUACAUUCAGAUUACAUUAUACAUUGUAUAGUAUUUAUAUCAUUAAAUUUCACCAAAAUGUGACACAUUAAAAUGUAGUAAAUAUGGACAUUUGUACGGAUUUAAGAAGCAUGGGGUUGGAAUUUUUUACCAUACGUAAACGGGUACAAAAGUCGAUUUUAUAUAUAAAGAAAUAUAUAACAAUAUAAUCGUUUUGAUGUCCUUAAUCAUACCAGAAAGCUACGAGUUGAGAGGAAUUCAACUACUUGAAAAAUGCAAGUAAGGCCGAUGGAAGUGAGGUAUCAACUUACUGUAAACCUGGAAAAAAUUUUCCAUGCGGGAAUUUUUCAUUAUUUUUUAUUUUCUUCAAAAUGAAAGUCUAUGAAAAGUCUCGAAAAUCCUCACUAUAUACGAGUGAAAUUGCAAAGCAGGCUACUAGUACCACCCGAAAACUUAUUGUAAAGUAUCUGUCGCGAAUUGGUGACUUGAGCUGAAGAUUUCGUUGAAAUUUUCAAUUAUUCUGUCGCUAAAACAGGAAGAAUGAAGAACCUUUGACAAGAAAGCAAUGUGGGAAACGAAAAAAGGCGAAAUAAUGAAAAAAAAAUAAUGAAAAAUUUCAUGCGGUGUGAAAAAUACAUGAUGCGGGCGGUUUACUUUAAGCUGAUACCUGUACUGUACCUGAUACCUGUACGUUUCGAGCGAAGGCCCUUCAUAUAAACGUCAAAAUUUACUUGGAUUUUUCACAUAGUUGAAUCCCUCUUAAUCUGAAGCUUUGUAGUGGCGUUAUUGUCACUACGCUAGCAGUCUAGCACAGACCGUUCGAUCAUCUAGGGAUUUAAAGAUUACGUGUAUUAAUCAUUAACUUGAUAUGUACAUUUGGUAUAACUCAUGGUAGAACCUCAGGGCAACCUUGAUGUUUUUUCCACUACACUACAGUAGGUUCUUUAGUAGAUUGGCAGGUCACUCGUGGAUCACAAAAUCAGAUUCUAGAUGUCCCCUAGAUAAAACACUGAUCCAUUCUUUGUCCGAACUGUUGCUUCUACACUCUCGCCAUGAAAAGCACGAGCUCAAAACUUGAGUGUAAAUCCAGGUACAGCAAUUUUACCUUGGGAUUUCCCCGCUGGAAUAUGAAAUACACCAUCACCAUCUUCUGACUGUGAAUAAACAAACACGAGGAAACAGUUCAUAUAUCUCACUCGAAAAAUGCCUUGUAUUUGAUGAAAAAUAGAACUCGGUGAUUUGAUUUAAUUUCCU